CCCGGCUAGCCGGCCCUUCGUGCUUGGGCGCCGUUGCGGCCUUUGUGGGUCGCUCUUCUUGGGUUCUGGCUUCCGAAGGGGUUCGAGGCCUCGGCCCGUAGUCCCGGGAGGAGGGACUCCUCUGCUGGCUCCGGGGCUGCUGUCCACCCAGGAAGAAACUUACCACUGGAGAUCUUGCUUGAAGCACUGAUACAGCUUUUGCAAAGCUGUGAUGGCAUCUACUUGGGCUCUCCAGGCCGGCAAGGACCAGGAUGAACUUUUGGAAGUAAAGAUAGAGGAGGAGGAGCAGAGGGAGGAGGAAUAUAAGGAUACCACCAGACAGGAUCAGAACCUGCAAAAGAACAACAUGCAUAGCAGAGAGGUCUUCCGACAGUACUUCAGGCAAUUCUGCUACCAGGAAACAUCUGGACCCCGUGAGGCUUUGAGUCGACUGCGGGAACUUUGCCGUCAGUGGCUGAGGCCGGAGACCCACACCAAAGAGCAGAUCCUGGAGCUCCUGGUGCUGGAACAAUUCUUGACCAUCCUGCCCGAGGAGCUCCAAGCCUGGGUGCAGGAACAGCAUCCAGAGAGUGGGGAAGAGGUGGUGACUGUGCUGGAGGAUUUAGAGAGAGAGUUGGAUGAGCCAGGAUAUCAGGUCUCAGUCCAUCCUGAGGAACAGGAAAUGUUCUUGCAGGAGAUGGCACCUCUAGGAAGAGAACAAGAACCCAGUACAUCCCUCCAGUGUGUGAAAGCCCAGCUGAAGUGUGAAUCUCCAGAACUUGAAGCCCAACAGAAGCAAGUUUCAGAUGUUGAGACUGGAAAUGAGUACAGGAAUUUAACUCUAAAGCAAGAAGUUUCUGAAGAAAUGGAACCAUAUGGGAAUAUAUCUAGCAGAUUUGAAAAUGAAAUGUCCCAGUCUGGUAGGUGUGGAAAAACUUAUGAACCUGAAGAAAAAACAGAAGAGCCUUCUGGACACUGUAGUGAAGAUAAACAACCUAUAUGUGAUGAAAAUGGAGUAAGUUUGACUAAGAACUCAGACCUUACUGAACGCCAGAGAAUCUGUCCAGGAAAAAAACCUUAUGAAUGUGAUGACUGUGGAAAAGCUUUUAGUCAGCACUCACGCCUCAGUGAACAUCAGAGGAUCCAUACUGGAGACAGGCCCUACAAAUGCGAAGAAUGUGGAAAAACUUUCCGUGGGAGAACUGUGCUUAUUCGUCACAAAAUAAUACACACUGGAGAGAAACCAUACAAAUGUAAUGAGUGUGGCAAAGCCUUUGGCCGGUGGUCAGCUCUUAAUCAACAUCAGAGACUUCACACAGGAGAGAAACACUACCACUGUAAUGAAUGUGGCAAAGCCUUUAGCCAAAAAGCAGGCCUCUUUCACCAUCUCAAAAUCCACACAAGAGACAAACCGUAUCAUUGUACUCAGUGUAAUAAAAGUUUUAGUCGACGUUCAAUACUUACUCAGCAUCAAGGAGUUCAUACUGGGGCAAAGCCCUAUGAGUGCAAUGAGUGUGGAAGAGCCUUUGUUUAUAACUCAUCCCUUGUUUCCCAUCAGGAGAUCCACCACAAAGAAAAAUGCUAUCAGUGUAAGGAAUGUGGGAAAUCCUUCAGUCAGAGUGGCCUUAUUCAACAUCAGAGAAUCCACACUGGGGAGAAACCUUACAAGUGUGAUGUUUGUGGAAAAGCCUUUAUUCAGAGGACAAGUCUUAUAGGACAUCAGCGAAUUCACACUGGAGAGAGACCCUAUAAAUGUGAUAAGUGUGGGAAGGCUUUCACUCAAAGAUCAGUCCUCACGGAACAUCAGAGAAUCCACACUGGAGAGAGGCCCUACAAGUGCGAUGAGUGUGGGAAUGCCUUCCGAGGAAUCACCAGCCUCAUUCAGCAUCAGAGAAUCCACACUGGGGAGAAACCCUACCAAUGUGAUGAAUGUGGCAAAGGCUUCAGACAGAGGUCAGAUCUUAGUAAACACCAGAGAAUCCAUAAUAGAGGUGGUCCCUGUAAAUGUAAAGAGUGUGGGAAAUCGUUCAGGCAGAACUCAGCUCUUAUUCAACAUCAGACUAUCCACAAAGGAGAAAAAUCUUUUUCUGUGUGAUAACUACAGGGAAGCUAUCUCACCGAGUGCAGGCUGGAGAGAAAUACUAGCUUUGAAAUGAUUUAGGGCAGAAUGUCAGUCACUAUUGCUAUAAGGAAACCUCAGAUAUUUUAUAAAGAAUCCACUAAUAGGUGCUGUGGAGAACAAGAAGCAUAACACCAAAUUCUUUUUCUUAAAGAGUUUACCAUCUAGGUUGGAAUAUAUAAGAUCCACAUGUUUAAAUAAGACUACAGAAUGGUAGAAUUGAUGCUCAAAGUAGUGUAGAAUUAAAGUGGCACUUGGCAGACAGUAAGUGCCAUAAAUUCUGAAGGACAGAUCCUUGUUGCCUAAGGUGGUCAGGAAAGAUUUAAUUGAAGAUAAGGGUUUGAUGGGCAGAUUUGAAAGGCAAAAGAAAGAAAACAUUUAGGGUCAAAAAAAAAAUGGAAGCAGAGGCAAUCAUAUGGUUUGGAAAUAAUCAGCGACAGGACUGGCCAACCUAAAGUAGAGAGCUUGUUCAAAUUGGGCAGUUGAUGACAUUAAGUUGGAAAUAGCGUGGGGACAGACUAUGGAAGGGCUAAAAUGCCAAUAAUUUUACCUAAUACUUUAUAACGCUUUGACACAACGCACUCUUCUCAUUUAAUUCCUAAAAUAUCUCUGUAAAAUUAAAAUUAUUCUCCGUUUUAAAACUGAGGAUACUCUUGUUUAUGGAGAUGGUGACAUAACUACAAUAUCACACAAAGGAAAAGACCAGCAACUUAAGUGCAGGUCUCCAACUUCAUUCAGGUCCUUUCCAUUACAAUAGUGAUUCCUCAACGUCAGUGGAGCUUGAUUAAAAUGCCUGAGUCCCACUCACAGAUAUUCUGCUUCAUUAGGUCUGGGAUGGGCUUGAAUCUUCAUUUUUAUAGCUCCACAGUCACCUGAUGUUAGACUAAAAUAUGAGAAACAUUGCAUUGAGUCACAGCUGCCUUCGUGGUUGCCAGUGAAGUGAGGAAGCAUGAACACAGUCCUGUAAACAAGGGACCACUGCAGACUUUUAGCAGAAGGAAAACCCUACAUGGGACAUGUGCCACCAGCUCUUGAGAGUGAACAGGGAAUUAGACCACCAUCCUGCCCAAAAACUAGGGCUUCAGGAUGGCCUUUCCAUUGCUUCAAAUUUAAGUGUUUCAAAAAAAGAGACUGACCUACAUUCCAAGGCUCCAGAGUCUUCUCAGUACAAGCCCUUUGUGUGUGUGUGCAUGUUUAGUUAGGGGAGGAGUGCUGGUGCUCUUCUCUGUUUUACUCAACCUCCCUUUCUUCCCAACUCUAUAGUUACUAUGUUCUGAAUUCCCUAAAAAUGGCUCUUGAGAACUGCCUUACAAUUUUUGGUUUGUAUACCUUCUUGAGCACAUAAAAGACUCAAAGAUUAGUGAUUCUUUUCCUUGGGGCUUCUGAAAAAACAAAUCAACAACUGGUUGACUUAACCCCUACGUUACUGAGUAAACAGUUCUGUUUUGGAUGAGAACCUAUGAUGAUUAUUGUAGUCAAAAAAUAGGCAAGCCACACAGACAUAUACAUGGCUCCUGGUCUGUUUAUCUUUUUAUUUACUGAGAUCAGUUUAAAUCUCUACUGAGAUGUCCUCUUAUUUCUUUCCCUUUCUAUCUUGCCACUCCAAACCACAAUUUCUGGGACUACCUUUCCAUUCCCCCACCCCCGCCCCCACCCCCAACUCCAGUCCCCUCUUCUCCCUUCACCUCUAGCUGGUCAAUAAAUUUGAAGUGGUGAGACAGUGACAGAAGGGAAGGGGGAGAAAAAAGGGGCAACCACCAUUCUUUAACUACUACUAACUACCUUUCUGUCCAGCCUUGUCGUUAUCCCAUCUUCUCCCCACCCCUGUAAUAUACUGUAUCCCCAUUUCCCUAGUGCCCUGUCUCUCGUGCCUCUAUCCAUAAUCCCUGUAUAGAACACAAGAAUAUCGUCACUGGCUUUGAACCAGACGAGUCCCUGGUCCUAUAGAAAUACAUAUGUUCCUAGCUUUCUAAAUUGUAAGUGUGAACAGAUUUUCCCAUAAAAAUGAUAAUAGUUUUAGUACUAUAACUUAGACAAAUUAUGUGUCAAAUUGACUUUUGGGAUUGGAAUUUACGUGACUCGGUGUGGGAAAACGUUCUGAGUUCACAACAGAGGAAAGCAAGUGAUCAUUUGAAAAACACCUCAUUCACAAGUUGAAAACUGUUUAUUUAGGCUUUUUCACAUGACCAAAAUUGAAGUUGCACACACAAGGCAUUGAGGCAGCUGGGAUUGGAAACCUAAUUUUUCACAUCUAAGAAACAAACAAGGAUCCCAGAGUGAGCCUGAGAGCUCUGGAGCUAUAAGUAUGUGAGGCCUAUUCCCUACCUAAGCUUAUCCUGCCUCAAAUUUCUUACUCUCAUGCAAACUCUUCUCAUUGGAGGGGACUUAGUGACAAGAACCUUUAUGAGAAUGUCCUCUUUACCAAACUGAUGCUCGCCAUACUUGGCAUCUAAUCUGAUUUCACAGACGUUAUCCAAACUGAAGUUACUCUAACUUCAGAGCCUCUCUCUUUAAUCUGACUGCUGUCUGGAAUGCAAUCCUUAUUUUACUUGGUUUCUACUCUCAGUGCCAUUACUUGCAGUCUCUCUAGUUCAUCUUCUGCUUAACAUCUUCUCUCAACGCACACUUUUUCCUCCAUUUGCCUCUAACUCUCUUAAGUACCUAAUAUUAUAAAGGAACCAUAAACAAAGACCCAGAACAAUCGGAUAUGCCUAUUACAUAUAAGGAUACAGUUCAUAACUUGUUUAAAAAUAAAUGGGGAUUUUGUUCAGGUGGUUGUGCUUAAAUACAGUUGUAGUACCAAAAAGGGGGGGGGGUGGCAUGGAAUUUCCAGGUAGGCGUCAAAGGGGAUCAAACUAGUUAUCCAGGAUAAAGAGAAAAUAUAGUGGAAUAAGGUUACUAAUUGGAACUAAAUUGCCAACACAGAGAAGUUGAAGGCCCUGCGGGGCAAGUGGAGGACAUGACAUGUUAGAUAUGGAAUUGGGGAGCAGUGAACAGAGACUGCCUUGUGAUGAAGCCAAGAGUACAUCUUCAUGUGUAAAGGAUGCAUGUGGUAUGACAGUGACAGGAUCUAGGAAAUCAGAGUCCUUUGAAGCAGUUUAUUUACGUGGAUUUUGAAAUCACCAACAAAAACAGGAGGCAGGAUGGAAAGGAAGAAUAUGAAGUGAAGUCAGUCCAAGGUAGAAGUAAUGGCAGCCAAAAGUAGUAACAACAGCCAGAUAAGAGUGGUGUAAAACUCAAAUAAAUCAUGAAGCAGCGGCUUAGAAAUAACAUUAAGGAUGAGAAUAAGAUUGACUGGCUUGUCUUUUCUAAUUAAUUCAAGGUAAACAAGAUAUUGCAUGUUUAAAACAAGAUAUUGCAAAAAGCACCUGGAGAGUGGGAGGAGAAUGAACAAUGAAACAAUGAAAAGUGAAGUGAGCUUAAACAUGGGCUUUGGGUGAAAAAGUAACCUGACAAACAGGGGUUCCAGAGAGUGCAAUAGAAAGGGACUGCAAAGGGAAGAAAGAUAGGCUCCCUCAAAACAAAAAACCAGUUGUAUGAAGAGGUUGCUGGAAUUUGAGGUAUGAGAUACACCUAUUGAGGAAAGAGAGGGGCAUUGAGCAGGGCUCUGAAGUGAGAAAUGCCAUCUGUAUGGUGAGGAUGGAUGUGGAGAGCACUAAGAUACAAGCACUUAGAAAAGCUCUGCACUCCUGUACUCAGAACAGAAGUAGUCUCUUCCGUUAAUAUCCAGUAUUUAUUGAUUAUAAAGUUGUUACCGUUAAAACAAACCCCUUAUUAGUAGUAGUCAUCUUUUGGAAUUGAGAAAAGGAUUUAUUAACAAUACCUAACAUUUAUUACCUGCUUACUAAGGGCCUGACAUUACUGAAUGCUUUACUUACGUUAUUUCACUUUGAGCUGGCGAAACUGAAAUCGAUGAAUUAAGCUGCUUGAGGUCACAAAGUUAGUAUGUGGAGGCGCCAGGAUUUGAACCCAAGCAGCCCAGUUCCAGAGCCCGCACUUCCUCUGUUUAUUUCACUUGAAAGAACCCUGUGUUGCAGUGGUAUUCAGUGUUUUGAGUACUUAUCUCUAGAAACUUUUCAACUUCUAUCAUUAUUCUGGAAAAUACUUAAGAAACCCCAGAGUCCUGGGUCCAAACAUCAAAAGUAAUAAUAUCACCAUCCUCUCUGCCUACUAAAUCUUGGAUGAGGUUGGGUCAGCAUACACAUCAGCCCUAAGCACAAUGAGGGUGUCUGCUGGAGACAUUCCUGUUUAAAAAUGGGAUCUUUAUAUGAAAGGAUCACCCUCCUCGCUUAGAACCAUAAUUUACUCUGCAUUGUUCUGACAGAAUAAGGGAUAUUUGGCCACCAUCUUUAAUACAGAUCAUGAAGAUUUAUAGAGAUGUCCCCAUUAUGAAUCUAUCCAAUAACUCAUUAUGGAUCAAUCUUUAAUGAGGUUUUUCAAAAGUCAUUGUAUAUCUGUAGCGAGUACCACUUCUUGGAUUAAGAAAAUCAUAGAUAAUUAUAUAAAAUAGUUCUUUCAGGUGUCCCUCCUGACUCCACAAGCCCAGAAUUUAUUUGAGCAACAAGUGCUUGUUCAACUUAGGGAUAAUCAUUUGAUAGCCUUUAAUUGAAUCUUCUCAACUUGGAUCUUUUCACACUGAAAAGUUCACAGAUCACAGCUCCUCCAGCAGUUCAUGAAUGUAUUAGAAUUUCUUUGGAUCCUCUCUCCUUCUAAAUGUUUCUGGGUAUAAUUGGUAAGGAGUCCUUGCACAUUAUUUUUUAUACAUAUAUAGUAUUUUUAUAUAUAUUUAUAUAUAAAAUAUUUUUUUAAUAUAUUUUAUAUAAAAUAUGUUGUAAUUUUUAUUUUAUACAUUUAAUUUUAUGUAUAUAGUUUGAUUUUGACAAAGCCAACCAUAGGUAUUUUAAACUUCUAAGUUAACUCCCUAGCUCACAUUGUAAGACCGUCAUUGAGAGCCAGCAAUUUUCCCUUGAUUUCAUGAAAACAGUUGAUUGUCUUUGCACACAUUAUAAAAGACCAUUUCCAGGUCUGAAAACCCAUCAUUCAAGGCUCCCAGAGCUUUCACCCAUCACAGUUCAUGGUGGUCUUUGGGGGAUAUAUGUGUAUGCUCUACCAAUCAUCUGAAGUCCAAAUGGCCUGGUCCUAGGUGUUCCCAGAAAGACUCCUAAGUGGAGGCCAUUUGUUACCUCUAAUUCAUAGUUAGAUCUUCAUUGUUCCUCUCUAAGGUUGAUAUGCAUAUCUUUUUGAUCUAGUGUCUCAGUUCUGCCUACGUCAAUGAAAUAUUGAGGAGUAAGUAUCUCACCAUUUCAUCCCUGAUAAGGAACUGGACAGCUUGCUGUAGCCAAACACUAGCUGUGUGACUUUGGGCAAGCAAUUUAAUCUCCUUGUGCCUCAGUUUCCUCAAAAUGUAAAAUGGCAAUAAUAAUAGUACCUACCUCAUUGGGCAAUUAUGUGGAUUAAAUGGGUUAUAUAUAAAGUGCUUAGAACAGUAUUCAGUACAUGGUUAAGUGCUUUGUAGCCAUUUCCUAUUUUAUUACCAUGGGCUCUCCCAAAUGUGUUGGCUCUAGAUGCUCCAUCCCAGGCCAAAAGUUACCUGUAACCAUGCUGCAGGUUUCCCAGGACUGCUGCAUGGUCCCCCCAGACCUGGGAUUAAAGCUCCCACCCAGGUCUACUACUUUCUUACCUUGGGAACUGAUAAACAGUGGCCGGCAAGCGACAGAUAUCGCCUAAACUGGCAAGGAGAGAUUUCCCCAUCUUUUGUAUCCGCCCCUGUUAGUUAUCAGAGAUAACUAGUAGCCCAGGUUUUCGCUUUUUGUCUUUGGAGUGGCGCUUCUGAUGUUCUGCAGCUGGAAGGCGACCCGGGGCGGGCCUGCGGCGCCCCAGCCUCAGAGCGUAGGCCUGAAGUUGCCUGACGGCGCCAGCGCGGCUCGGCGGGGGCGGGAUACUGUCAGGCGACCACAGAGAGCAGAAAACCUCCAGAUUCCUAGAGAAGACCGAAUGAUGAGGCUGCUGGUGACAGGGCCGGCUUAGAACUUCGAGCUCAUAACAGCCUUUGCGAUGUACCUUUGGAGGCGGAUGUCGCAGGUUCGUGGCCUCCGGGUUCGGCUCAGUGUCUGAUCUGGCUCUUCAGGGAGUCUGGUGAAGUUGGAUCUGAUGAUUGAGAGUUACAGGGGAAAGUUAGGGAGGGCUUACAAGUUUUGAGUUGUAUUAGGAUACUGGGGCUGUUGAGAAAAAGAGGAAAGUCUGGAAGCGCGGUUUGGUAAGAGGGAAGUUGCGUUCGUUUGCGGUGGUCUGACCCAAGACUCUCACUAGAGCAGACAGGACGACGUGUGAGUGCAAGGAAAGACAUAGAUCCAGUUACUGAUUGUGCGACUUUUAGCAAAUUACUUAAUCCCUUGAUGCCUCAGUAUCAUUCAUCUGUCAGUGGAAUUGUAAUAGUAUCUACUUAAAUGAAUAAAUUCGUAGUCAAUUUUAAAUAAAUAUUAGCUGUUAUUAUUUUCUCAUCUGUGAUGUCCCUGAGCUAACACCUGUUGCCAAUCUUCCUCUUUUUGCUUGAGGAAGAGUGGCCCUGAGCUAACCUCUGUGGCCAUCUUCCCCUGUUUUCUAUGUGGGACACUGCCACAGCACGGCGGCCAACAAGUGGUGUAGGUCUGCACCAGGGAUUGGAAGCUGGGGAACCCGACCUCCAAAGCGGAGCCCGCUGAACUUAACCACUACACCACCAGGCUGGCCCCCUCUGAUGUUCUUUUCUUUAUCCUUUAUUUGGGAUUUUCUGAAGGGGAGAACCAAAGGGAAGAGGGUCAUGGUCUUUCUCUCAAGCUUUAUUAACAUAAACAUUUAAGAAAUAAGAGAUUUUGGCAGAUGGUGCUAGCUAAUAAUUUGCAAAGUCACUUCCACUCUCCUAAUUUACUUAGCCUCCUGACAAAGAUCCUUUUUCUUUCAGUGCAUUGUCCAGGUAAGUGAGUUCUUGGAUAAAAGGGCUAAACAAAAUUUAGAGUUUCUGUUAAC